UAAAGAAGGGAGGAUGUAAUAAAAAGUCACUUGCCAUCACACAAUGCAUCACCUGCUGCUGCUCGGGAUUUUACUCCUUCCUAAAGCCUCGACACUGAAGUGUUAUCAGUGCGCUGCAGGAAGCUCACCUACUUGCAUCGACACAACAGAAGCGUGCCCUCCACUGGCGACUCAUUGUAGUGCACUCAGAAUAAUCGUGUAUUCAGGCGAGUCGGUUAUUGCAGACAUCAAUGGGAAAAGCUGCAGCGUGGCUGAAGACUGUGCACAAGCCUCGGUCAAUUUUGGUUUCACCAGGACUGUUCUCAACAACCAGUGUUGCACUACCGACCUGUGUAACAGCCUCCCUGCACCGGACUACAGCAAGAGCAGACCCAAUGGUAGAAAAUGCUUCACUUGCAAUGGCCUACAGUGCAAUGGCACUGUGGAAUGUCAAGGCAAUGAGUACCACUGCAUCUCAACGAUAGUGGACUUGAAGGGCCAGAAAAUAACUAUGAAGGGCUGCGCCUCCAAGCAAAUGUGCACCAGUACGGAACAACUGCAAGAUUUCAUUGGGACUCAAAUCAGCUGCUGUGAAGGCGACUACUGUAACAACAGCAACAGACCAAGAGCUGGAUUCCUGAUUUUGGUAGCCCCAAUGCUGUCUUUGAUUACAUGGCCUUAAAUUGUUGGCAAUCUUUUUACAACUCAGUCAGAGCAACAAUUAUUUUUUCAAACAUGAGGUAAUUGAACUUCCUGUUAGCAAUAUGAGAGUCACAAAAAAUCAAUGAAUAAAAAGCUCGGGGAAAUUGUUUGCCAUUGUGUAAUACAAGG